AUGCCUGGUCCUGGAGGAGGUCCGCCCCGAAAAAGCCACACCAAGUCGCGAAACGGGUGCCGGACCUGCAAGCGAAGGCACAUCCGAUGCGAUGAGACGUUUCCUCAAUGCCGCAACUGUACCAAACAUAACUGCAGAUGCGACUACAUGGACAUACAAGCAGCCCGUGAUGAAACCACUCCAACUGCAGCAACUACCCCUCCAAAUCUCAUGAUAACGCCAGAAAUCGAUGCCGAGAUUGAGCAAUGGCGGACAACAGGGGUUCCGCCAUUUCCAGAGUUGGAUAUUACUCCUCGAAAUGACUGGCACCGUUUCUCAAAGUCGACCUUGCGACUCAUUUAUCACAUUGCCGGAUUAUCUAUUGACUUGCAUCGUCGAGGUCUCGGUGAGACAACUGUGUGGUCCGCCCAUAUGCCACGGUUGCUCGCCAUUGCCGUAACGAGUGACUUUGUCAUGAGCUCGAUCCUCGCCCUUUCAGCAUUACACAUGGCCUAUGUGACUGGGAGUCAGGAGACCGUGAAUCUUUCGCAUCAUCACCGAAAAAUUGCCUCCAAGGGUUUACAAACUGCUCUAGGGGCGUUUUCUAAAGGGAACUGCGACGCGAUACUGGCUGCUUCACUUGCUCUGUCAUGGCAAGCGGCUGAUUGGGCCUCCAUGUCCACUCUUCAAAAGGGAAUAUUAUUUGUUCUUGACUCGAUGCACCCAUCAUGGAAAGAGACGUCAGAAAUCGCCCAGAUCCUGGAAAGCCAGAGAACAUUGCGAACACGAGGCUUGACAGCAAGCUCAGAUACUUCUUCUAACGGAACACUAAGUAACAUCGAUAGCGCUAUCGCCGACUUGCAUCGAUCUCAAGAACGUUUACAGCAUAUUCCGGAGUUUUACGAUACAAUAACAGAAUUGAUUGGUUAUGUGAAGCAAGUACGCAGCGAAGUACCAUUCCAGCCCAAAGUCGCAUUUUCACGGCUACAUUCGUUACGAGCUUGGAUAUUCUGGUUACCCACCAAACUACUUCGAGGCGGCGAAGGGGAUGUAGGUGCGCUUGCUGUUCUGGCGCAUUUCUACUCAGCAGCGCUUAUAUUGGAGCCUUUCUUUCAUGGUCUGGAAAGCUCUUAUCUUGGUUGUAUGGCCUUGAACUUGAUUGAGAAUAUCGAUGUUAUUUUGCAUUCCCGGCAGUCCAGGUUUCCAACCUCGCAUAUAACACAGUUAGCGAUUUCACUGAUGGACGCACCCCGACAUACAGUCAACGACUACAAAACCCCUAUUCAAUGGAUGCCUCGUAUUCAGACUCACAACAUGAAUCAUAUGAUGCCGACCCCCCCCAGUCCAUAUCGCCAAUUCGAUGACUAUCCACCCUCGUCCUCAUUCGUGAACAGCUCGCCAUACAUACCCACUACAACGGCGGCGUUUCCUCACGCAGUCACGAGUCCGCCACCUUUCCAACAACCCUCACGUACAUAUAGAACCAGUGGCAAUUUCUCGUCGUUUUAUAUGAGUCCCACUGUACCGACAUCGUCGGAGUAUUACGACGACUCUCUUUCGGACUAUAGUAGGCCGGGGACAAUUGAGCAUUCUCCUUCGUUUUCGUCGUAUGGUAAUGAGUACCUCCAUGGUUUGCCGACGACGGAGGCUCCUGGGUCGUAUCAUCCUGGUAUGGUUCAUGAUGGGAAUUCGGGAUCCGUGCCCCCUGAACUUUGGACUUGA